GUACAAGGACUUUUGCAUUUGUGAAUCAAGAAUCUCUUUCGGGUCCCUCUACAACUCCUUCUCCAGCCUCUUCAUCACCUAGUCCAAGCACUCCAUGUUCAUCUUCCUCUGCUUCAAUUUCUCCACCAACCCAGUCUCAGUAUGCAGCUUCUGUCACUAUAGGUCUGUUAGGGUCUGUACAUGUUGCACCCAUCUCUUCUCCCCUAGAUAGAUCUUCUAGCCAUCACAGAGAGAAACGACACUCAUUGUCUGCUCUUUCACAGAGGUCACUCCAAAGUAGAGGUAUGUACAGACAUUCUAUGGAGGUUCUUGGGUGUAACAAUGGAGUUGGAGAAAGUCAUGAUUUAGAUGUACAGGGAUCAAGAGCCCCACCAUCCAGCCCACUAGCAGCUAGUCCUACUGUUACCACAAAUGCUGUGAAUCAGUUGCAGGAAUUAGCUGUUGGUAAAAUCCACAACCUAUCGAUUGUUGGGAAAGAUGAAGAUGAUAAUAUUCUCCAGAAACCUCAAGAACAAAACCUAAUCAACAAAAACCAUGACAGCAUCAACACCAAUACAUAUGAUUCUGUUCCUGAAUUCUACUUUGCUAUGUAUAGCUAUAAACCUCAAAAAGAUGAUGAGCUGGAACUGAGGAAGAAUGACAUUUACACAGUCAGCGAGAAAUGUCAAGAUGGAUGGUAUAAAGGAACGUCUCUUCGCACUGGUCGCAGUGGAGUUUUCCCAGGAAAUUACAUUCAGAACUUUCAGCCAUCUGUCAUACAAGUUCAAUUCCAACAAGCAUCAUCAUCUGUUGCUAACAUCAGGUCAGCUGCUGUACAUCCCACGCUUUCCCAUCCUACUUCAAGUGUAUUUAGCUAUCCUGUACAUUGCACUAGUGAUCCAACACUUAUGCUAGAUAAUGAAAUAUCCCCACCUCCACAACAUGUACCAGGAUCUUCCUCAUCUUUUCUCCCUUCCUAUAAUGUUUCUGCUCGGUCACCAGGCACCAGUCCAGUCCUGUUUGCUCGCCCCCAAGGAAUGAGCGUGUUUUCUGGUCCUACUGUUUGGACUUCGUAUCCUGCCAUUACAUUGGCAGCUUCAUACCCAUUGACUUCAGGUUUGUACAGUCAGACAACAAGUGUCACAACAUUCCCAAACAGCAGCAGCAAUGGGAGUCUUGACCAAAUUUGGGUCAGUGCCCAAGAUAUGCGAGGAAAUAUGAACCCUAGUCAUUCAACAGGAACCCUCCAUAUGACCUCAAAUGCAAUUCCUCCAGUCACAUCCUUAGCAAAUGGAGGCCUACCAAUUAAUGGAAAAGCUGAAAAGCAAUCAAGAGGAGAGUUUGCUUUUCAUCUUCAUCCUUAUGCUACCUAUGGAAAUCUCUACAAGAUGAUAAAUGAACAACCAUUUUUCUCACUACCUGUGGUGAAGGAACUUCCUGUGGUUCUUAUGACAGAUAACUGUCCACAGUCUGGAUCAUGUCCCAGUGAGGUUCUACAGGUGAAACAAGUAUCCCAUAAAAAAACUAGUUCCUUAGACAGCACCAACUUGGUGUCUAUCCCCAAGCCCUGCUCCCGGGCCAAGCAGCCUGCUCCUCUUGUUCAGGAAAGGUUUCGCUGCAUUGUGCCUUACCCUCCCAACAGUGAAUAUGAACUUGAGCUAAAAAUUGGAGAUGUGGUUUAUGUUCACAAAAAACGUGAUGAUGGUUGGUACAAAGGGACUCUGCAAAGGACAGGCAGAGUGGGAUUAUUUCCUGCAAGUUUUGUAGAAAGCUUUUGA